CCACGACACUCUUUUCGCGUGCGUUUGCAAUUACUAACCUAUCAGUCUCACGCAGUUUCGCCAUUUGAGCGCUUUUCUUCGUACACGUUACUCUCCGUCCUCUGGGACUUUGUCGACAACGCUUCGCCGCCAUGUCCGACUCCGAGUCCAACUUCGACGACGGCGCAAGCUCUGAUUUUGCGCCACCUGUGAAGGCCGCAAAGGCAGCACCAAAAGCCAAAGCAGCACCAAAGAAGGCAGCCGCCGCGCCAAAGCCUCGAGGGAGACCUGCGGGCACAACAGCAGCGAAGCCUAAGGUAAAGGCAGCGCCGAAGAAGAAGGCGAAGGACUUCUCAGACGACGAGAACUCAGAUGUCGACAUGGAAGACCCAAUAGAUGACGACGAGUCAUUACUCGCAGACACACCACCAAAGACGAAGAAGGCGCCAGCACCCAAGAAGAGCAGCGGCAAGGUCCUCGCAGAUAUCGCGAAUGAGAGCUUCGGCAUGGAUGGCGCUGAGGAGGCACCGCCUUCUGUGAAGGGCAAGAAGGCCGCCGGCGGCGCGAGUAGCAAGUACCAGAUGCUUUCGCAUUUGGAGCACAUCAUGAAGCGUCCAGACACAUAUAUUGGCUCGGUAGAGCGCACGACGGACAAGAUGUGGGUGUACAACUCAGCGAACGAGAGCAUGGAGUUUCGCGACGUUACCUACGUACCCGGUCUAUACAAGAUCUUCGAUGAGAUCUUGGUUAACGCGGCAGACAACAAGCAGAAUGACAAGAACAUGAGCGAAAUUCGUGUCACAGUUGAUCGAGAGACUGGUGAGGUCUCGAUCAAGAACGACGGCAAGGGUAUUCCUGUCGAGAUUCACUCACAACACGGCAUCUACGUCCCGGAAAUGAUCUUCGGCCACCUCCUCACAUCCUCGAACUACGAUGACGAUCAACAGAAGGUCACCGGUGGUCGCAAUGGUUACGGAGCGAAGCUUUGCAACGUCUUCUCCCGAGAGUUCACAGUCGAGACCGUCGACUCGAAGCAGAAGAAGAAGUACAAGCAAACAUGGACAGACAACAUGAGUAAGAUGGGCAAGGCCAAGAUCACAGACAUUAAAGGAGACGACUACACAAAGAUCACGUGGCGAGCCGACUACAGCAAGUUCGGCAUGGACGGUAUCGAUGACGACUUCGAGGCGCUGAUCAAGAGGAGAACCCACGAUAUGGCUGGUACACUUCGUGGAAUUAAGGUCUACCUCAACGGCGACCGCGUCAAGGUCACAAGCUUCGCCAAGUACAUGGAGAUGUACACCAAGGCCAUCUCAAGGGAACAAGGCAAGACUGAAGAUGGCGAAGAUCGCAAGGACGUUAUUAUCACAGACAAGCAUGACCGUUGGGACAUCGGUUUUGCUGUCUCAGAUGGAGCCUUCAACCAGGUCUCAUUCGUCAACUCGAUUGCCACAACCUCCGGUGGUACGCACGUCAACUACAUUGCGGAUCAGAUCGUUGACAAGCUCAUGGCGAUCGUCAACAAGAAGAACAAGGCGGCUGUCAAGCUCAAGCCUGCGCAGAUCAAGAACCACCUGUUCUUGUUCGUCAACUGCUCGAUCGUCAACCCAGCCUUCACAUCCCAGACCAAGGAGCAGUUGACAACGAAGGUGAGUCAGUUCGGCAGCAAGCCUGUGCUCAGCGACAAGUUCUUAAAGGCGAUUGAGAAGACAGAAGUGAUCCAGAACAUCAUGCACUUCGCUCAGCAGAAGGCGGAUCAACUCAUGAAGAAGACAGACGGUAACAAGCGCAACCGCAUAAACAACGCUAAGCUCACAGACGCCAAUAAGGCUGGAACCAAGGACGGUCAUCUCUGCACACUGAUCCUCACUGAAGGAGAGUCGGCCAGUGUGCUGGCUUUGGCUGGUCGUGCUGUCGUCAACCAGGAUCUGUUCGGUGUCUUCCCCCUGCGCGGUAAGCUACUCAACGUCCGGGAUGCAUCCAUGGACCAGAUCAUGAAGAACGCGGAAAUUCAGAACAUCAAGAAGUUCCUCGGUCUCCAGCACAAGAAGGAGUACACCAUGUCUGAUAUGAAGAGCCUGCGUUAUGGUCAUCUCAUGAUCAUGACGGAUCAGGAUCAUGACGGUAGCCAUAUCAAGGGUCUUCUCAUCAACUUCCUCCAAUGUCAGUUCCCGAGUCUGCUCAAGCUCCCCGGCUUCCUGCUCGAAUUUAUCACACCCAUCGUCAAGGUGUGGAAGGGUGACCCAAAGAACCCCAAAGGCUUGAAGAGCUUCUUCUCGAUGCCGGAGUACGAGGAGUGGAAAGAGCAGCACAAAAACCAGAAGGGUUGGGACCACAAGUACUACAAGGGAUUGGGUACCAGCGAUAUCAAGGACGCCCAGGUCUACUUCAAGGAUCUCGACACGCACAUGAAGCGCUUCCACACCAUGCGAGCCGAAGAGGAGAAGCUCAUCGAGCUGGCUUUCUCGAAAAAGAAGGCUGAUGCUCGUAAGGAGUGGCUGCGUGAUUUCGUUCCUGGCAACCACUUGGAUCUCACCACUAACGAGAUCACAUAUGACGAUUUCGUCAACAAAGAGCUCAUCCUCUUCUCCAUGGCUGAUAACCUGCGAUCCAUUCCCUCAGUCAUUGACGGCUUCAAGCCCGGUCAGCGAAAGGUUCUCUACACCUGCUUCAGGCGCAAUAUCCGCAAGGAUGUCAAGGUUGUCGAGUUGGCCGGUUCUGUCUCUGGUUCCACCGACUAUGCCCACGGUGAAGCCUCCAUGCAGGGUACCAUCGUUGGUCUUGCUCAGAACUUCGUCGGUUCGAACAACAUCAACUGCUUGGAACCAAGUGGUAACUUCGGUUCCCGUCUGCAGGGUGGUGGUGAUGCUGCCAGCGCCCGUUACAUCUACACUCGUCUGUCGCCCUUCGCACGUAGGAUCUUCCACCCGCAGGACGACGCUCUCCUCACCUACGGAGAGUCUGAUGGCACCAAGAUCGAGCCUGCGAUGUAUGUACCUGUUCUCCCCAUGAUUCUUGUCAACGGAUCGAGCGGUAUCGGUACUGGUUGGAGUUCCGAAAUCCCCAACUUCAACCCUCUAGACAUUGUAGAGAACAUCAGGCUUCGCAUGGCAGAUGGUGGCUCGAAGGAGGAUAUGAAGCCUAUGGUGCCUUGGUACAAGGGCUUCACUGGAACGACCGAGGAGCUGGGAGGCGACAAGUUCCGCUUCACGGGUACCAUCCGUCAGACCAGCGACACUGAGAUUGAGGUCACCGAGUUGCCUGUGCGUUACUGGACCCAAGACUUCAAGGAGAAGCUCGAAGACAUCAUCAAGGCCGAGAAGACUCCCUCGUUUAUCAAGGACUACAUCGACUACAACACUCCCGAUAGGGUGCACUUCAUCAUUAAGAUGGAAGACAAGCACAUGACUGCUGCUCUCGCGAAGGGUCUUGAGGAGACCUUCAAGCUUUACAAGCCCCAGUCUUGCUCCAACCUUGUCGCCUUCGAUGCCCAGGGCCGCAUCCAUAAGUACGCCACUGUUCUGGACAUCGUCGAAGAGUUCUACCACGUCCGUCUGCGAUACUACGAGAAGCGGAAGGCUCACCAGCUUGAUGUCUUGCAGAAGGAGCUUACCAAGAUGAGCAACCAGGCGAAGUUUAUCAAGAUGAUCAUCGAUGGCAAGCUUGUUGUGUCAAAGAAGAAGAAGGCUGUUCUCGUCCAGGAGCUGAAGAAACUUGGUUUCACACCCUUCCCUAAGGUUGAUGAUGCUAAGAAGCAAGGCGAGCUUGAGGAUGUUCAGGAUGACGAUGAAGAGUCUGAGGAGACUGAGGUCGAAGUCAAUGCCAACGACUAUGACUACCUUCUAGGCAUGGCUAUCUGGUCUCUGACCCAGGAGCGUGUCGAGAAGCUCCUGAAGCAGAUCGGUGACAAGGAGGACGAGAUCGAUGCGCUUAUCAAGCUCACGCCAAAGGAGCUCUGGAACAUCGAUCUCGAGGCUUUCGUCGAGGAGUGGAACCUUCAGCUUGUUGAAGAGGCCGAGCGUGCGAAGAAGAUCCAGCGCAUGGGUCGCCGCGCAUCCCACAAGCUCGGCAUUGGUGCUUCUAAGGGCGGCAAGGCUAAGAAGAAGAGAAAGCUGGGCGAUAGCGACUCUGAUGACGACUCUGGCUCCGACUUUGGUCUGGUUAAGAAGAAGGCCAAGCCGAAGAAGGAGGGCUUGCUGAGCUACCUGCGAGAAGCAGAUCCUCCUGCCAAAAAGACAUCCCCUGCGGAGAGCGCAAAGUCUGCAUUGGGCUCGACGGUUCCUCAGAAGCAAGGCAGUCUAUUGUCGCAUCUCGUCAAGACUGAUACUAAGAAGGAGUCACCUCCUCAGAAUGACGGACCAUCAAGCCCGGCUGAACCAGAGCCUGCACCUGCUCCAAAACCUGCGCCUGCAGCUAAACCUCGAGGCCGCCCUGCUGCGGCAAAGAAGCCUACUCCUGUCAUCUCUGACGAUGAUGAGGACGAGUCCGAUGUCUUCGCUGUUGUCGCAAAAGAGGAGGCAAAGAAGCCGGCGCCUAAGACCAACGGCCGGGACCCUCGUGCUGCAACAAAGCCAGUCUCGAAGUACACUAUGGACAGCGACUCGGACGACGAUGACGACCUUGGCGAUGUUAGCACCAUGGUCAAAACCAUCGGCGGCAGCACCAACGGCGUUCCCAUGUUCAAGAGCUCCACACGCCCCGGCAGCAGCUCAGGCAUUCCCAAAGUCGCAAAGAAAGCCAGUCCCUCGGUCAUCGACAUCGACGAAGGCGACACCACCAACUACGAGGCUCUCAUGCCUCAGCCGUCUCCCAAGAAGCCUGCGCCCCGCAACGUGAACGACACAAUGCUCACCUCGGACUCAGAAGACGGCUUUAGCCUCGUCAAGCCGAAACCCGCUGCGUCCAAACUCACCAAAGUCACUGCGAAGGCUAAGCCCGCACCCAAGGCCAAAGCCCCCGCAGCUACCAUCACAAAGAAGAGCACGGUUCUGAGCCCAGCAGCGAAGGCUUACGCCGCGCGCCUCGAGAAGGCACCUGGUGCGACAAAGGCUAAAGCCCCUGCCAAGAAGCCCAUGGUGAUUGACUCGGAUGAGGAGAUGGACGAUGCAGAUGCGUUAGCUAACGACAUCCUCUCUGAUGACGAUGAUGAGCCGACACCAAAGCCAAAGGCUGCGAGCCGUGCUCCCGCUGCUCGGCCUGGACGCAGGGCCGCGGCUAAACCGGCGAAGUAUGUGGUCAGCGAUGAUGAUGACGAGGAGGUGAGUGAGGCGAGCUUUGAGGAUGAUAGCGAGUAGUCGCAUCAAAUCAUUGGGUGGGUGGGUGCAUAGCAUGACGGUGUUCAGGCAGGAUACCCGGUGGCGUUUCUGGAUAAUGGUGGCUCUCUUUCAAUUUCCUUACUCUCAGUCAUUGGGUUUAAUAUAUGUUCCUAUGGAACGAGUGGCGUUAGAGGCUUCUUUAUGCAGUAUAUUCAGG